UACUUGUCAAAAAAGCUUGCUUCGAAUUUCUCGUUGUCAUCUUCGUUCGCAUUACGGUGUUGAAGGUUUUGUCAUUAAAACACUAUUAUAUUUGUUAUUACUUAAAAUGUCGGCUAGAUACGACCGGGCUAUUACUGUAUUUUCGCCGGACGGCCAUCUAUUACAAGUAGAAUAUGCGCAGGAAGCUGUUCGCAAGGGAUCUACUGCAGUUGGUGUUAGAGGUACCGAUGUAGUAGUCCUGGGUGUUGAAAAGAAAUCUGUUGCGAAACUGCAAGAAGAAAGGACUGUAAGAAAAAUAUGCUUACUUGAUGAUCAUGUUGUCAUGGCUUUUGCUGGAUUGACUGCUGAUGCUCGCAUCCUCAUAAAUCGGGCUCAAAUAGAAUGCCAGUCUCACAAACUGACUGUUGAAGAUCCUGUGACAUUAGAGUACAUCACAAGAUACAUUGCUGGCCUUAAACAAAAGUACACUCAGAGUAAUGGUCGUAGACCUUUCGGAAUUUCUUGUCUGAUUGGUGGCUUUGAUUAUGAUGGAAAACCGCACUUAUUCCAAACAGAACCAUCUGGUAUUUUCUAUGAGUGGAAGGCGAAUGCAACAGGACGAUCUGCAAAGACUGUACGGGAGUUCUUAGAGAAAAACUACAACAAUGAUGACGUUGCCAAUGAGAAAGGUGCUGUAAAGCUUGCUAUCCGGGCUCUUUUGGAGGUCGUGCAGUCUGGCCAGAAGAACCUAGAGAUUGCUGUAAUGAGACGUGGACAACCUAUUCAGAUGCUGGAUGCAGAUACCAUCAACUCAUAUGUAUCAGUCAUUGAAAAAGAAAAGGAGGAGGAAGCUGAAAAGAAGAAGCAGAAGAAGUAAUAGGAAAAAGCAUUUUUUUCUUACUAUAUUUUAUUGGUUUCUAAGUAAAUAUAUUUGAAAAUAA